AUGCCAUCGCCGUUGCCUCAUCUCAUCGUGCGCCGCACAGCGGCAAAGCAGACUCCUCUCACACCAACCCGAAACAUAUCCGCCAUUCGAUCAGCCUUGCUCCGCGGCGACAGAGUCGUAACUCUUCACAACACCAGCAGAAUCCUUCGGGAGCACGUCAAGAGCAUCAGAGUCCCCUAUCAUCCCAGGCACAUGCAACAUGAUCAACUCUUCGAAUGGCCCUUUGGUGACCAGUACACAGAUUCCCGUAGCAGCCACUCAGAUCAGCCAAAACAGGUCGGCCAAUUCAUUGAGCUGCUUGAAUGGGAUGGCUUCAGACUCGAAUGGAUCAGGGUACUUGGCCAAGGCGGCUUUGGAAUAGCUACGCUUUGGCACGUCAUUUUUGAAGACCAGAGUAGCAUCAAGAUUGUCAUCAAGAUACCUGUCCGAGAAAACGCUGACUUUGAUAGCGAGCUAGACUGGCAUCUGAGAUACGGAGGGGCUUCUCAUGUUACUCAAGCUCUGGACAUUCAGGCAAUGGCUGACAGUGUUAGGCGCAGGAUCAACAGGGGCCACAUGAUAAACCGAGGCGCGCGAUUUGCGCCGACUAACAUGGACGUUCUUGUGCUGGAGUAUGCAGAGCGUGGGAGUCUUUACGAUAUGAUGGCCAAGGCCUCGUAUUUUCACACCAGAUUCUCGAACAAGGUACUGUGGGAGAUUUGGGAGUGCCUGGUGAAAGGCGUUGCGUCGACGGCAUUGCAGCCAGAUGCAGCACAGAGAUGGGGUCCUGAGGGUCUCGAUAAAGUAUUGGACUCGCUGGACGAUGUUCGAAAUACUGAUGAGCUCCUUAGGAUCUGCACCUUAAUUGACAGCCACGACGUGCAUUUCGAUCUGGAAGAACAAAACAUUCUCCUUUCUGAAGAUGCUCAGCAUUCGCACCAUCCGAUUUUCAGGCUUCACGAUUUCGGAGAGUUCAGCCAUAGAAUGAGGGAGUGUUGGCAGAAGUGGCAAGAAGCCGAUUACUGGAAAGUGAGGAGGUGUCCAAAAUCCAACCGCACUCCCCCGGAAACGAUUUCAAAAGAGUGGGACAAGGUCGAUUUAAGUAAUCCGGGCCCAGUAUCGAGAUUCACCGGCGACACCUUUGAUCCUCAGCAUAAUGAAGUUGCUGGGCGAUAUGGUACCUGGACAAACAUCUUUACUAUUGCUAAAAUUAUGGAAGCCAUCAUCACAAGGAACUGGGUAGGCCACCCGCUGACCACGAUGAACUACACGACUCAGGACCGAAGAUGCACAGGCAACUCAUACGGCUGGCGCAUAUGCAGAGAAUCACACGCCUAUAUCGAAGCCGAUCUCCUCGAUCUCAUUAUGCAGUGGACGCAAACAAACCAGCGCUUAGGAGAAACUAAUCAGCAGAAACGCAGCUCGAGGACUUCUUCGCGGUCAGAGAGUACAAGCCGUGAACGGAGGAAUGCGAAGAAGCGGAAACGAGUUCAGUUUGGCAGAUUCCCUGCGUCAACAGGUCAAACUAUCAUGACGUCUGCAGGUAAUGCCAUGGAUAUCUCUAUGGGCGAUGGCCCAGAAAGUGCAGGCAUGGCAAGUAUGAUGGAUUUGGAUGGGGAUGGGGAUGAGGAUGAAGGUGAAGGUGAAGCUAUGGAUGAAGAUGAAGAGGAUGAGCUGAUGGGUGAGGAUUCUUGGUAA